AUGGCGGCAACGCCAUGGCUGCUGCUUGUCUGCAUCGCCGCUGGCGCCGCCUCCAGCGGGGUGCUUCAAGCUCGUGCCCAGCCUGACAGCAAAGGUUUCAUAAGCAUAGACUGCGGAUUUCCAGGGACAACGAGCUACGUAGACAGCACAACCGAGCUCUCCUACGCCCCGGAUGCCGCCUUCACCGACACCGGCUCGAAUCACAACAUCUCAGUGGAGUACAUGAAGCCGCAGUCGCUGCUCUCGAAGGCCUACCACAACUUGCGCAGCUUCCCCGACGGCACGCGCAACUGCUACACGCUCCGGUCCCUGGUGCCCGGGCUCAAGUAUCUCCUCCGCGCCUCGUUUUUCUACGGCAACUACGACGGGCUCGACAGGAUUCCUAUAUUUGACCUUCACAUAGGGGUCAACUUCUGGAGGGUGGUGAACAUCACAAAUAUGGGCUACGCGCUGCAAGUGGAGGUCCUCGUGGUUGUGCCGGAUGACUUCGUACAGGUUUGCCUGAUCAACACCGGCGUCGGGACACCAUUCAUCUCUGGGCUGAGCCUGAGGCCGCUCAAGAAGACGAUGUACCCGCAGGUAACCGCGGCGCAGGGCCUGGUGCUGAUGACUAGGCUCAACCUCGGCCCGACUGACGAUUCUACCUUUGUCAGGUACCCUGAUGAUCCAUACGAUCGAAUCUGGACCCCGUGGGUCAACAUGAAAAUCUGGACCGUGAUAUCGACAAAGAAGAGGGUGCAGAGCAUAGACAAUGACGUCUUCGAGGCGCCAACGGCAGUCAUGCAGACGGCGAUCAGGCCGCGGGACGUCACCAAGAACAUAGAGUUUUCUUGGAGCCCGGAGCCCCAGCCGAACGACCCGUCACCAGGGUACAUCGCCAUCUUGCACUUCUCUGAGCUGCAGAUUCUCCCCAUUAACGCCGUGCGGCAGUUCUACGUCAACCUUAACGGCGAGUUGUGGUAUCCGAGCGGCUUCACGCCUACCUACCUCUACAUCGGUGCCACCUACAACAACCUCCCCUCUAGGCAUAACAGCUAUAACAUCUCCAUCAACGCCACUGGCAACUCGACGCUGCCGCCGAUCAUCAACGGUGUGGAGAUUUUCUCCGUCAUCUCCACCACCAACCUUAGCACGUACUCACAGGAUGUAUUCGCUAUCAUGGCGAUAAAGGUGAAGUAUCAGGUGCAAAAGAACUGGAUGGGUGACCCGUGCGUUCCAAAGACUAUGGCUUGGGAAAGGUUGGCAUGCAAUUAUGAGAUCACAACCCCUCACAGGAUCAAAGCCGUAGAUUUGUCCUUCAACGGCCUAAGUGGUGAUAUAUCAUCUUCUUUCAUAAAUCUCAAGGCUCUCCAGUACUUGAAUCUGUCAAGCAACAAAUUGACAGGCUCAAUUCCAGAUGCCCUUUCCCAAAUACCUUCGUUGACGGUUAUAGAUUUGUCAAGCAAUCUGCUCAGUGGUUCAAUUCCCUCUGGACUUCUCAAAAGAGUUCAAGAUGGCUCGCUCAAUCUAAGAUAUGACAACAAUCCAAACAUUUGCACGAGUGACAAUUCAUGUCAGCUGGCGGCUAAAAGGAACAACAAGCUGGCUAUCUAUAUUGUUGUCCCUAUAGUUGUGGUUGUGGUGAUGGCAUCAUUGGCAAUACUUCUCUUUUACUUGAUAAGACGAAGUCAACAAGGUGAGGCAUCAACAUAUGCUUCAUUGCAACUUGAGAACCGUCGGUUCACCUACAAACAACUUGAUACGAUAACAAGGGGAUUCAAGCAGAUUCUUGGUCGGGGAGGUUUCGGGAUUGUCUAUCAUGGAUUCCUAGAAGAUAAUACUCAGGUGGCAGUGAAAUUGCGGUCUCGUACUUCUAAGCAAGGUGUCAAUGUGUUCCUCGCGGAGGCUCAGAUUUUGACGCAGAUUCAUCAUAAGAAUCUUGUCUCUAUGAUUGGUUAUUGCAAGGAUGGAAAGGACAUGGCACUUGUGUACGAGUACAUGUCAGAAGGAACACUACAAGAGCAUAUUAAAGGUUUAUUGGACUGGAGAAAGAGGCUUCAAAUUGCACUUCAAUCUGCCAAAGGGCUUGAGUACUUACACACCGGAUGCAGCCCGUCCCUCAUCCACAUGGACGUGAAGCCCACAAACAUUCUCCUAAAUGUGAGUUUGGAGGCCAAGAUUGCCGACUUCGGCAUGUCCAAGGCCUUCAAGCGCGAUAAGGACACCCAUGUAUCCACAAACACACUUGUUGGUACAUAUGGAUACGUUGAUCCAGAGUACCUGGCAACAAUGCAGCCAACAACAAAGAGUGACGUGUAUAGUUUCGGUGUCGUGCUGUUGGAAUUAGUCACCGGGAGACCAGCUAUCCUUCCAGAGUCUCCGAUGCCCAUCAGCAUCAUCCAGUGGGUGAGGUCCCAGCUAGCGGAGGGCAACAUUGAGAGCGUGGUGGAUGCACGCAUGCAUGGUUGUUACGAUGUGAACAGUGUGUGGAAGGUGGCAAACAUUGCUCUAGAAUGCACCACACAGGUGUCGGUAGAGCGGCCCACCAUCAGUGACGUGGUGGUGCAGCUGCAAGAGUGCCUCAAUCUAGAGGAUUGA